AUGAAUAGUGUGAGAGGACUCUUGGCUGCCUCUGUGAUUUCCAUCCAGAACUCCUGCUUCAUCUAUCCUGCCUGUCAAAAAUGCUUCUCUAGGCUGAUACUGGAUUCUAGGAGGUUUAACUGUCUAAAAUGUGGCUGCACAGGUGAAGCCAAGGAUGCAAGCUACAGGUACAGACUGUCCCUAAAGGUGGCUGACACUAAUGAUGUGCUUGACGUUACCGUGUUUGGAAGUUGCUUAGAUCCGUUCUUCGGGGUCACUGCGGAACAUCUGCAGAGGUGUAUUCAAGACUUCAGUCAGCUGUCAGGAGAAACACACACAGAUGCAUCUCCAGGAGUGUUAGUUCAAGCAGUGGAAACCUGUUUCAUUGGAAAAAGAUUUAUAUUUGGAGUGAAGGGCUGUGCAAGGGAAGAUGGAGGGCAUUCUGCUGCCAGCAGCAUCUUGCAAAACUGGUCCAGAAUUAAUAGAAGGACAAAAAACCUUACAGCUUGCCAGAUCUUCCUGCCAAACGCUGCUGUCUCUGGCUUUACUGUUAUCAGCUACGUCCAUCGGCUCCUGCAGUCGGCAAAAUUCGGGAGCUGUAGUAACGGCUCACACUUAGCUGAUGUGUCUUCAGCGCCAACAGAUGAACCUGUCAGUGAGCUCAGCAGCUUGUCCAGCCUGAGCAGGAACUCCUGCUUUGUUCAUUCUAGCGGCAGAGAAAGUUUUUUAGGGUCCUGGCAGCAGUCCUUCAGCCUGACUUCAUCUGUUGCUUGGGUAACAGCGGAAGACUUUCCCACUCUGGAAGUGGGAAAGCGGGUGAGUGAGCAGCAUGAACGAGAGGGGAGGCCUGUCUCUGCAGAACCGUGCAGUGUGAGCCUCGACAAUCCGACUUUUCGGGAUUCGCGGUUUUGCAGCGCUUCUGUGGAGGAAGGGGAUAAAGAGAAGGAAAAUGAAUUGAGUUCGCAGCCUAGCUGGACUAGCAGUGUCUCUGCGCCUGAUAAACUGGAGAGAGUAUCCUUUUCAAAGGCUGAGUGUUCACGUGGAAACAGUUCCAGGUUGUUACAACAUCCCUUGGAAUUUGGGGUAAGAAGCAUUUACCCAAAGACCAAUAGUAGAAACUAUUCUUACCCAGAAAAAUCCCACAACUCACUUUUUUACAAGAGAGACGCCUCAGCUGCUGAUCACGUAAAUGCAGCUGGAGUGUCUCAGAUGGACUCUGUGCUUUGGGAUGAGCUCCCGUUCUCAGAAAGCCUAAAUGAAUUUUUAGCCAGGAUAGAAAAUGGCAAGAGCGUUGUCACGUCACCCAGCCUUGAUGCAGGCAAACAGGCCCUUCUUGAAAGUGGCAAGUUGGGUGUAAAUCUUAACAAGUCGUACCCCAGGCAAACCCGAGCUGGUGGUUUGCCUGAAGCGAGCGUCUCGGGGAGGUUCUUGCCGCCAGCAGAGAAUGAGAGUUGGGAGAACGUGUUUGCUUGUCUGCAGUCGAACGCAAACCCUCCGAGUGAUGAGGUGUCACAGUGUGAGUCUUCCUCGAGUGUUUUAUCUUUAGCUGACAAGGAAUGUUCCUUGCCAGUUACAUCAGAGCGUUCUGUUUCUGAGAGCAGAUCCGUGCAGUCCGAAGAAGCAAAUACUGACAUUUCAAAGUCAUCUUGGUCUUUUAUCAGUCUCCAGCGUACUGCCGAACAGGGAGAAACCUCCUCUUUAAAAGGGAGCGAUGCAGCUACCUGUGUGCAUUCCGCACACGACAGCUGGUUAGCUGGUUGGGAAAAUAAAGAAAAUUCUUCUUGUACGCCAAGCCAAAGAACAGAUCUUGUAUUCACAGGGGCAUGGGACUCUGAUCCAGCAACUCCCAGCAAUACAAGAAGGAUAUAUAAAAAAGAAUUAAAACCGUUGACAGAACUGUCAGGAAAUACGCUCAGAGGUGUUAAUAGGAGAGAGGUGCUGUGGAACGGCGUUUUCCCUGAGGGCAGCUACAAUGCUUCUGCUGAUCUCUUUGAUGCAAGUGCAAGAGAGGUAGCAAAACCUGUAGAAUUCUUUAAUAAAUCAUGUCAUUCUUUAAUAGAGGAAGAUACUUUGACAGAAGAGGUCGCAGCUCCUGAAUUGGUGCUUUAUCCUGGACGCGUUCCCUGUAAGGGUUCAAACCCGAGCUCAUCCCUGUAUAGGUCCCCUCCUGCUUUUGGUAAGCCCAGUCCCCCAGUGACUCACUCCUUUUGUGAUUCAGAAUGCCUUUCCCUCAGCGCUCAAGACUUCGUUCCGUAUUCACAGUCGACUCCUAUGACAAAACCCCUUCCAAACCUGUGGCCUGUUGGGAAGAGAAGGUCUUUUGUCCCUGUCUUCACCCCUAAAAAUCCCGCUGAAGUCCACCCCAAAUGCAAGCGACCCAGGGCUUCCUUUCAAAACACUCUGCUGCAGCAGCUCGCUGGCCGGGCAGGGAAGCGUGACAGGGAAGCCGCAGGACGCGAUAGCUCUGUUUCACAGCGGUUCCUUAGCAGCCCCCUGCCUGCCGACCUGGAGGAGUGGAUCCCUCCCUCUGCCACCAAACGGUGGAAACCAACUGUGGCUUGAAACUCAAAACCAGUUUGCUGGGCUGCUGACUCGCAGGCGGCCCGGGGGCAGCACCCUAUUUCUGAAAGCAAAAAGAACAGUGAAAAUGAUGUAUAGGAGAGAUUAAACCCUGGGGAGACAGCCAGGGUUCUGACAACUCCUGUGCCUGCAGGUGUCACCAAGGCCUUGUUCUCCAGUGAUACAGUCCUGGGAACUCGUUCCCCUUCGGAAGGCAGGGGUCUCCUCUCAGGGGGUAUAUUGGAAGGGGCAGCUGGCUGGUCUGCCGAGUUGUUCUUCCAAGCACGCAUCCUGUUUUCCAGUAAGCCAAAAUACUAA